AUCUGUUCAAAUCAUCCUGCUGCACUCCAACUGCUGUGGAGAAGUGCCUGAAGCUACUCGAGUUUUUGAACGUUUCCCUUACGUGUAUAGCCUGCGAUCAUGGCAACUGGGUGGACGGCCUCGUUGCUGCUGAUGCUGAUCGGUGUCAGCCUUCUGGCGAAGAUCUCAGAUGGCGCCACAAUCAAUCUCGUCAACCAGUGCACCGAAGCCAUCGUAUCAUGUGCACAAGCUGGAUCGGGGACCAUAAACUGUUAUCCGCUUGCCGCCGGCGGAGGGUCACAGACUUUGGACGUUGCCAGCAGCUGGCAGGCCGGAGUCAUCUGGGCAUACCCUGGAACAGAUACUUCCGUCGCGAACACAGCAAAGCCCCAGGCGAAUCUAGCUGAAUUCACUAUUGGAGGUUCUGGUGGAAAGGACUACUAUGACUUAAGCAACGUGAACGCUUACAACCUUGCACAAACUAUCAGUAUGACAUCUAUUGUUAGUGGGGAUUCAGCGGGCACUCAACAUUGCACAGAUGUCACUUGCUCCAUCGCCGACCUGAACUCCUUUUGCCAAUCGCCAAACACGCUCACAGGAGACCCAGGUGAUGGUUGCUACAACACUGACGGUCCGGGAACGGCAUCAACCGCCGGAACUCAAGAAUUUAAAACUGCCUGCUCUGAUGCUUAUUCGUACUCUACAGACGACUCCUCUUCCACAUGGACUUGCGGAACUAGCAGCAACUACCAAGUUACCUACUGUCCCUAAACAUCCAGUGCAGAUGUGAUUAAGCAGAAUAACUUGGAGAUGGUCUUCGGUACUCGUCACACAACCUGGAUUGCAAGGAUGCUUGAAUCUAGUGUUGCCAGGCAUAAUAAAAAAUGUGCCAGAUUAUAAAUUCAA